AUGGCUCGUUCUCGCUCUCGUACUCCCGGUAGCAGUGGUAGAUCGGCAUCUAGGUCCUCGUCGUCUAGGUCGAGGUCUAGUUCAGUAUUGUCUGCGGCCUCGGAGCCUGAAGCUGAGGGGCUCUCUGUUAUCAAGGUUAGGUCUGAGGAAGCGGCGUUGGUGUUGGGUAGAGGAGGGAGUACUAAACGCAAACUGGAGAAUGCUGCUGACUGCGACAUUGAGCUUGUGAACACAGAAAAUGGUGAUUCCAAUGUGGAACUUCGUGGUCCGGCUCGCAAUAGAGAGCUUGGUCGUGACUAUAUCUGUUUCCUACUUCUUAAUAAGAAGAAUGAACCUCUCGAGUUGGAUCCUGAGGAUCGUGAGGACUGCAGCUGGAUCGAUGUGCCUCAAGACACCAUAGGGUAUGUCACGGGUCGAGAGAGGUCGACUCUCCAUGCCUUAGAGGAGGAGACUGAGACUCUUAUGUUCUUCCAAGAUAAGGAUGUUGGAGGAUCGGGACCUCGAGUGAGAGGCCAACAGGAUGAAAUUGAGAAACUCAUUAUUCUUGGACCUACUCGUGGGAGGCGUAUUGCUCAGUUGAAGUUGAUGUCGGCUAUUGAGUCGAAGUCCCCGGGCUUCUUUCUCGAUCAUCGUGAUAGAUGGAAUCUGGAUGAUACUCAUGAAGGCAAGCUUGGCCUGACGACGGUGAAGAUGACCGAGGCUCAAUUCACCUAUGCUUUGGGGAGGCGCGGCGCCACACGGAAGAAGCUUGAGAGAGCUAGUGGAGCCAUAAUUGAGUAUAUCGGUUACACGGCUUUCAUAUCCGGUACCAAGGCAGAGAGGCGUCGUGGCAGGGAUUACCUCAACUUUUUAUUGGAUCAGAGAGAAGGAGAGGUGAAUGUGAAGUUGGACGGUCGUGAGGAUGUCACUACAGUCGAGACCCCUGAGGAGUAUAUCGGCUUUAUCACUGGGCAUAAGGGCAGCGAGCUUCGAUCUAUCGAGGAGCGUACUGGAACCUUCUGCUUUGUGGAUGGCUGUGACCAGAGCUUUGUACGGGAUGAUGGCCCGUGGUGGGGUAAGGGGAAGGGUGGCUGGGGUAAAGGAAAGGGGAAAGGCUAUUCGAGCUGGCGCGAUGAUAGAGAUAGGGCCCGUCGGCGUCCGAGGGAUGGGCCACCACCAAGACUAUUGAUAUUCUGUUACGAUGCGAGGAGGAGGGAUGAUGCCGAGGAGAUGGUGAGGGAUAGAAUCCAUAGGAAGGUCGAACAGGAUAAGGAAAGAGGUAAAGGUGGUCUACAUCGGCCUUUCCUGAAUCGCCAUAGCAACCCCGAGAUUGAGACGAAGCGUCGCGAGCGUCUGGGUUUGCCAUCGAUCGAAGAAGAGGAUGCGAUGUUGGCCAAACAGAAGGCUGAGCAGGAGGCUAAAGAACGCGAAAGAAAGGAAGCUAGAGCGGACCGAGUGCGUCUAGGAGUGGUGACAGAAGGCGUAGUCGCUCGAGAUCCGAGUCCGAGCGCAGGUCUAGUAGGAGGAGAGGCUCGAGCCCUAAGGACCGUCGUGGGAGGGACGACCGUUCGCGCAGCCGUGAAGGCCGCUAUCGUCGUCCUCGUUCUUCAUCUCGUGAGCGGUCUCGUCGUUCGAGGAGGGAUAGGAGCGAUUCGAGAGGAGACCGCGGCAGCAGAUAAUGAGCUGUUCGAAGCGAUGGCAUGUGAACGAAACUCUGCUCUAUAUGCUGUCUGUUUUUGA